AUGUCCUUUGCAACAGAAUAUAUUGACCUUGGCGAUAUGAGUAACAAAUGCAAACACUGUGAUGCAAUGUUUUGGUCCGGAGAACGGUUAAAAAAUGCAAGCAAAUCAUCGAAGUCUAAUUGUUCGCUAUGUUGUAUUAAAGGAAAAAUUAAACUACCCUUAAUGAAGGAUCCUCCCAAGUUGCUGCGAGACUUAUUAGAAGGGAUUGAUCCGCGCAGUGGGCACUUCCUUGAGCACAUACGUACAUAUAACAGCAUGUUUUCUUUCACAUCAAUUGGUGGCAAGGUUGAAGGACAGAUUAAUGAUGGAAGUGGUCCUCCUCAAUUUAUAAUCAGUGGGCAAAAUUAUCAUCGAAUAGGAAGCCUCAUUCCUAACGAAGGAGACACACUAAAGUUUGCUCAAUUAUAUAUAUAUGAUACAAAGAACGAGGUUGCCAAUAGGAUGAAUCACUUUAGUGAACUCACACGAAGAUCACCUACUGACCCGACUUUAGUUGCGGAGUUGAUGGUGAUGAUUGAUCAGGAGAAUGUGCUCGCUAAGAACUUUAGAAGAGUUCGUGACCAUAUAGAAGCAGGAUCAACACCUAAUAUUGCAUUGAGAUUGUUUAGAGAUCAUUCAAAUGAGAAUCGAACGUAUGAUUUGCCAACAAAUGACGAGAUUGCAGCCCUUAUUGUCGGUGAUUUUGAUAGCUCUGAUUGUGGGCGUGAUAUUAUAUUACGCACCAAUAGUGGUAGUAUGCAAAGAAUAUACGAGACACAUGUGUCAUUUCUCCCCUUGCAGUAUCCGUUGAUAUUCACAAAUGGCAGAGGUGGAUAUUCGAGAAAGUUCAAACUUAAUAAGAACAGCACCAAAUCCAAACAAUGGAAACGGAAGAAGGUUUCAUUACGUGAAUGGGUUGCGUUUAGAUUGCAAGAGAGGGAUCACGAGUGCAAGAGCAUUCUUCGGUCUAGGAGACUAUUUCAACAAUUUAUUGUUGAUUGCUAUUCUAUGGUUGAGUCUUCUAGAUUGUUUUAUUUACGAAGAAACCAAAACAAGAUUCGUAAAGAUUUUUUAUCAGGCGUUGAAGAAGCAGUUGAUCGUGGUGACACUGAUGCAGCUACCCUUGGAGCAAGGAUUGUAUUGCCAUCAUCAUUUACUGGUGGUAGACGUUACAUGUUUGACAAUUGCCAAGGAGCAAUGGCAAUAUGUAGGACAUUUGGAUAUCCUGACCUUUUUUUAACUAUCACUUGCAAUCCAAAAUGGCCAGAGAUUCAGCGACAUACUAGCAAGUAUGGUUUACAAGCUUAUGAUCGUCCAGACGUUGCAUGUAGGAUAUUUCACAUGAAGCUAAAUUCCCUAAUGACAGAUUUUAAGAAAGGAGAUUUCUUUGGCAAAGCUAUAGCAGGUAUGUACACUAUUGAAUUCCAAAAGAGAGGCCUACCGCAUGCACAUAUUUUGUUGUGGCUGCAUCCGUUAGACAAAUUGAAUACAAUUGAAAAGAUUGAUUCAGUAAUAUGUGCUGAACUUCCAGAUCCAGUAAAAUAUUCGAAACUGUUUGAACUUGUGUCAAGCAUGAUGGUUCAUGGACCAUGUGGGUUGAGCAAUAAGAGCUCCCCUUGCAUGAAAAAUGGCAAGUGUUCCAAAUUUUUCCCAAAAAAAUUUGUUGAUGUUACCUCCUUUGAUAAUGAUGGUUUCCCUAUAUAUAAAAGGAGAAGAACCGGGGUCACAACUAAUAGGAGAGGUGUUGAAUUGGACAAUAGGUUUGUCGUACCUUACAAUGCGAAGUUACUUAUGAAAUACCGCGCGCACAUCAAUAUUGAAUAUUGCAACAAAUCCAAUUGCAUAAAGUACCUCUUCAAGUACAUAAACAAAGGAGUCGAUAGAGUUACUGUGUCAAUGUCAUCUGGAGUACCAGCUGCUAAUGGACUAGAACAAGUUGACGAAAUUCAACAAUACUAUGAUUGUAGAUAUCUCUCACCGUGUGAAUCAAUUUGGAGAUUAUUUAAGUAUGACAUCCACCACAAAUGGCCACCUGUGAAGAAACUCAGAUUCCACCUACCACGGAAACAAACAGUUAUUUUCAAAGAUCAUGAAGCUAUCGAGGAUGUGUUUAAAAGAAAUGUCAAGAAGAAAACAAUGUUUUUAGCGUGGAUGGAAUCAAACGUGAAAUAUGAGAAUGGAAGAGGAUUAAAGUAUAUUGAGUACCCUUCAGAAUUUAUAUAUGAUCGUGCUAAGCGGGAAUGGAGACCUAGAAAGAGAGGGUACUCAAUUGGAAGAAUGAACUUCGUCCCCCCCGGUACUGGAGAAUUAUACUACAUGAGACUAUUAUUAAAUGUUCAAAGAGGUUGUACCAGCUUUGAAGAUAUAAGAUCUGUCAAUAACAUAAUAUUUGACACAUUCAAAGGAGCGUGUGCUGCGUUAGGUCUCUUAACAGAUGAUCGCGAAUGCGUUGAUGGCAUACUUGAGACAGCUCAACUCAGAUCUGGCCCAUACUUGAGAGGUUUAUUUGUAAGGCUCUUAUUGUCCAACACAAUGACGGAUCCUCUAAAUGUGUUUGAGAAAUCAUGGAAGCUUCUUGCGGAUGGCAUUAUAUACGAAAGAAGAAAUUUUUUGAACACCCCAGAUUUAACAAUAAGUGAGGAAGAACAUAAAAAGUUAUGUUUAGUUGAGAUUGAGAAACUUCUCUUGAUUAAUGGUCGAUCGCUGAAAGAUUUCAAUGGCAUGCCGCAUGUAGAUUCAGAAUUGCUAUUUCAAUAUGGCAAUAUAUUGAUGUACAAUGAACUUAACUACGACACAGUUGAGAUGAGACGACUACAUUCAGAAUGUAUUCAGAAGUUGAAUGAAGGACAAUUGAAAGCAUAUGAAGAGGUUAUAUCAUCUGUUGAUGGUAGCAAUGGAGGAUUCUUCUUUAUAUACGGUUAUGGUGGAACAAGCAAAACAUUUCUUUGGAAAACCAUAACUUAUAAACUUCGUGCUGAGAAGAAGAUUGUACUAAACGUUGCAUCCAGUGGCAUUGCAGCACUCCUAUUACCUGGUGGUCGUACAGCUCAUUCUCUUUUUUCAAUCCCACUGAACUUGGACGAGGACUCAUGUUGCGGCGUAAUGCUUGGUACUGCUAAGGCGGAGUUGUUGCAAUCUGCUAGCCUUAUUAUAUGGGAUGAAGCUCCGAUGGUUAGUAAAUAUGCAUUUGAAGCACUAGAUAGGAUCAUGAGGGAUCUAAUGAAGUCUGAUGUAAAUGGUAAUGGUGACAAACCAUUUGGUGGUAAAGUUGUUGUUCUUGGAGGAGAUUUUAGGCAAAUUCUUCCAGUGAUUCCUAAAGCGAGCAGAGCUGAUGUAGUUAUGGCAACGAUUAAUUCAUCCCGUUUGUGGGGAUCUUGCAAGGUUUUGACACUUAAUCAGAAUAUGAGAUUGCUCAGCAAUUCAACAGAUCCUAAAAUUGAAGAGCUUAGACAAUUUGCUAAAUGGGUACUUGAUAUUGGUGAUGGAAAUUUAGGAGAUCAUGUAGAUGGUGAGGCGAACAUAACAAUACCGGAAAAAUUCUUGAUCCAUCAAUCUACCGAUCCUAUUGCUGAUGUUGUCCAGUCUAUCUAUCCUAAUCUAAGUGAGAAUCCAUCGUCAGCUGAAUAUUAUAAGGACAAGGCAAUACUAGCUCCUACGUUAGAUGAUGUAGACUCUGUCAAUAAACACAUGCUUUUUCAUUAUCCUGGAGCUGAAAGGAUCUAUCUAAGUUGUGACACAAUAUGGAAGGUUGAUGAUUCUAUUGGAAUAGAGGCUGAUUGGUUGACUACUGAGUUUUUGAAUGGUAUUCGAUGCUCUGGAAUGCCUGAUCACAGAUUAGUUCUUAAAAAAGAAGCUCCUGUUAUGCUCAUCCGAAACUUAGACAUAUCAUCCGGUCUGUGCAAUGGAACAAGAUUGAUAAUAAAAGAUCUCGGUGACAACAUUGUUGGUGCUAUUGUAAUCACAGGUACACAUAUUGGUCAUAAAGUUUAUAUUCCCAGAAUGAGUCUAAUGCCAUCCGAUGAAUCAAUGCCAGUGAAGUUUCAGCGGAGGCAAUUUCCAUUCAUCGUAUCAUUUGCUAUGACAAUAAACAAGAGCCAAGGUCAAACGCUUUCACAUGUUGGUAUUUACCUACCUAAACAUGUUUUCUCACAUGGGCAGUUGUAUGUUGCCAUAUCUAGAGUGACAUCAAUGGAUGGGUUGAAGAUUUUGAUAUGUAGUGAAGACCAUGCUGCACGGAAUCUAACAAAAAAUAUUGUGUACAAAGAGAUAUUUCAGAAAAUAUAUGUAUAA